UGGUAUUCCUGGGCUAUUGUGGGCGCCCUUUCUAUUCGGUUAGAUACUGAAGAUAGGCGUUUGGCAGCCAUAUCAAAAUUGGAGGGUAAUUCCGACGGGGGUCCGGAAGUUCCUUCUGGUGAUUUCCAAGGAAGUCCCACUGUGUAUCUCUCAUCUGGGUCCUGUUUGAUCGAUUGAUCGACUAAUCUUGUGGCGAUUUCGUCGUCCCUAUUUCCUGGGUUGUCGGUGAUACCCAUAGACUCAAGGUUCCAAAAUUGCUCUAUUUUAUUACUGGCAGGCAUUUCUUCCGGUGAGCUGUGCACGGCAGAAAGAGAAAUGCAGGUUAGCGAGGUAGGUGAAAUAUAAUGGGGUAAUUCACCGCAGAGCAUCGAACCAAAGUGAGUUUUUAUAAUGUGCAGAUUUCUUCCUAUUUUCCUGGAUCCGAGGAAGAAUCUCCAGAAUUCUCUAACUCCUAGUAGAAUUUCUGGUUCCCUAUUUUUGACGGGAAUGUUUUUGAGGUCUCGGUGGUUAGUAGGGAUCCGAGUUCCAUCCCAUUGAAUACACGGAAAUGCCGGGACGAUUUGCGGGAUUGAGCAAAAUACAACUUCUUCCCAUCUCCCAUUGGGCUUAUGGAGCCUAAUCUUGUGUCCAGUUGAGCGAAAUUUGACUUUAUCGGCGCCAAAAACGCGUACUGAGUGAUUGGAGGUAGAAACCCUCGGUGGUCUUAAACGGUCGACCAAAGAUUGAGAAAUGUAGGAAGUUUGGGAGCCGGUGUCCCAGAGACCAACAGUAGUGUAAAUUGGUCGAUUAUUCCCAGAGCUUAAUUUUAGUUUGCAGGUCAUCAGAAAGGUAUGCGGUUUAGACCCGGUUGCGGUCAUAGCCACUUCUGGGUUGGCGGGAACAUUCUGGUUUGUUCCGGGUUGAUUUUCAGAAUUCGUUCGCGAAUUUGUAUACACUUGCGGCGGUCGGUGAGUCAGACUAUUAACCGGUGACAAGUUUUCAUUCCCUCGAAAAUAGUUAUUUUUCUGCUUAGUUGGGUGACUAAUUUUUCUUUUGUAUUGCUCCCCUUUUUGGCGGGUGCAGAUAAUAAAGUGGUGCUUGCCGCCGCAGUUCCUACAUCUUUUGGUCGAUGUACACUGCCCGAUUUUAUGUCCUUCGCGUAAACAAUUCAAACACCUGCGUUGAGCCUGCAAGCGGGUUUUGCGGCUUUCGGGUGUUUGGAAUUUGCGGCAAACUGAAGGGAGGUGAUCUCCAGUACAAAGUGAGCAUUGGCCGACAUUCCUUUCAAUGGCUGUGAAUGUGCGGGUAAAGUUGGAUGAUGGCGAAUGUGCUGGCCGGUGACUCUUUGAUUGGCGAGUCGGCUGACUAUAUUCCCUUUGAAUGGACGGGACUCUCAAUCUCUUUGUGCAAAUUUCCACUUCCUCUCUUAUUGCUACUUGUUCUAAAAGGAAAUUCCUAAGUUCCUUAUGUGUCCAGUCUCCGGCUGGUGAACUUCGUUCCCUCUCUAUUAUUUUUUCAAUAAGAGUGGAAGGAAGUUUGGCCUUAAUUGUGGUGACUAGUAGGGACGCGUCUUCUUUUGUGCUGAAAUUGCAUUCUAAUUGUCUGCAAAUUCUUUCUAUGUUAUCGCAAAAGGUGCGAAGCGAAUCAGCGGUGUCCUUUGUUGGUGGUAAUUGAAGAAGCUCUGAUUGGAGAGUUUCUCUGAGGUUCCGGGUACUACCAUAUCUUCCUUUUAAACAUUCCACUAUAAUCGGGUAAUUUUCG